AUGUCGAGCGAACUCAUCUUAUACGAUCUUCCCUCGAAGCAAGGGACCAGCUGGAGCUAUAACCCAUGGAAGACAAGAUUGGCAUUGAAUUUCAAGGGCAUUCCCUACAAGACAGAAUGGACAGAGUAUCCAGACUUGCAACCCAAGUUUGAAAAGCUUGGCAUCCCGCCUGCCUCGACCGGCAUGAAAUACACUUCCCCCACCGUCAAAUUGCCCGAUGGCAACUACAUAAUGGACUCGCGCGCCAUCGCCGACGCACUGGAGAAACUACAGCCCAGUCCGUCACUGCAUCUGGACUCGCCGUACCAGGCGCGCAUCGAGAAAGUCGUGCCCGAUCUAACGAACAGCAUCCGCCCCAUCUUCAUGCCGUUGGUGCCCAAGACAUUCCUCAACAAGCCUAGCUACGACUACUUCCUUGCCAGUCGUGAGAAGAUGCUUAGCAUGCCCCUCGAAAAGUACGCGGAAGGCGCGGAUGCGGCGUUCGAGAAAGCGAAGCCUUAUAUCAAGCAGCUGGGCGACAUGCUCAAGGAGAACGAGGGUCCGUUCUUGGAAGGCAAGAAACCUGUCUACGCGGAUCUGAUGAUUGUGGCGAUGCUGAGGAUGCAGGCUGGGCUAGGGUAUGCGGAGAAGAUUUUUGAUUGUGAGGGUGGGAAGGAAUUGAAGGCGCUUUAUGAGGCUAGUAAAGAGUGGUUGGAACGGGAAAGUCACUAG